CGUUUACGCCGCGGAGAUGGCGGCAGUGAAUUGUGCGAGGUUAGUCGGUAACUGGAAUUGGUGUCGGAUCCGGACUGCUGUGUCUUCUCUGGCAUUCACAGCAAGAUAUCAGAGUUCUCAAAAUAAUGCACUCCAACCAAGAAAAGAAGCAGUAACAUCGUUAUCAAAACCACCAUGGCCUGAGAUUAAAUUACCUGAUCCCAUGGAAGAAGCAAAACAUCACUUGGAGGUUAUACAAAAUGUAAAGGCAUUGAUUGCCACAGGAGCAUAUGGCAGACUGUUUGCAGUUGUACACUUUGCAAGUAGACAAUGGAAAGUAACCAAUGAAGACUUAAUUCUGAUAGAAAAUCACAUUGAAGCAGACUGUGGAGACAGGAUCAGACUAGAAAAGGUUCUGUUAGUUGGUGGGGAUAAUUUCACACUCAUUGGAAGACCACUUCUUGGGCGAGACCUUGUACGAGUGGAAGCAACAGUCAUCGAGAAGACAGAAUCUUGGCCGAGAGUACACUUCAGAUUUAAACGAAGGAAGCGUUACCGGAGGACAAAAAUAAAUGUGCAACCUCAGACUGUUCUCAGAAUCAACACAGUUGAAGUUGCUCCAGCUCUGGACUGAGAGUGCUGGCAAUUUUGAGUCCACAAGGCGAAAGAAAGAUGGCAUUGUAUAAACCUCAAGAUCCAGAUACAUGAACUGCAUUUCCAGUACCUUGCAAUCAUUUUGUGUGCAUCAUAGUUUGAGUUGUUUCCAUAGUGAAUUUAAAUUUCUGUUGCGUAAAGUCCUUUACAUGUUCUUUUCUCAGUUAUCUGUACUAAAGUACUGCAAUAUGUGAAAAUAAAUAUUUUUAUGGAAUCUGA